CGCAGCAGUGGAUGCCCUUGACUCAGGAUGACCGUCUAAGCCACGCUUAAUCUGCUGCGGAGCGUGGUGCAAAUCGCGCGGCGACCGACCGACGCUGUCAUGUGAGAACCAUGGCCGACAAACUCUACUUCUUCAUCUUCAACAUCAUCAUCUGCCUGCUGGCGGUGGCCAGGGCGACGGCGCUGGACGCCGAGUGCGCCGAACUGAGUCGCAGCAGGGCCUCCCUAAAGCCGCUCCACCGGCGCGACUGCACCCUGAGGGACGACCUGCUCACCUGCACCAUCCGCCUCAUGUCCGAGUCGCUGCCCCUGAACGCGACCGCCACCGAGUACCACUCCGUCGUCAGGGUCAACCUGGACUACCGCUUCAGGUUCCGGGUGCUGCCCCAGGAGGACGACGAGGAGCCGGGUGUGAGCAGAGCGUGUUUGGUGUUGUUGGGGGUGGCCUACGCCAGGGUCAAGGGUGGUGACGGCGAGAAAAGGACCAAAGUGGCCAUGCCCAAGAGACUCUUCAACCUGGCGGCAAAUAGCGCCCUGCUGGGGGCGGAGUCCGACCUCGAGCCUCCCGGAGUGGCGACGGGAAUCGCCACUUUCGACGAGAGAAGCUGCCCUGAUGAUCUGAUAAGAGAUGAAAAAUCUUCAGGGGGUUGCAUCAGGGAGGUGGCCGUGUCGGCAGUGGACGUGGCCGCGCAACUCGACCUGGUGCUUCUGUCCUUCAACUAUUCAUUCGCCGCGUCCGGCUUCCCUGACCGGAGCGCCAAGGGCCACUCGGUGGUGCGCAACCUGCCCACCGACAGCCUCCAGAGUCUGCGGAUCCGCGGCGGGCGGCCAGAGGCCGAGCGGCCGCCGGGCGUCGAACCCAACAAACAGGCCAAAGCGUUGCCGGCCGGCGUCGGGGCCAACGUCACUGAACUGGACCUCUCGUACAGCGCGCUCGGAAACCUCUCCUCGUGGGAGCCAGGCUCUGACCAAAUUCAGCGGUUAGCGUUGUCACAUUCCGGUCUUGAGAAACUUCCAGAAUUUGUGCAGCACCAAAGAGGCCUCAAAGGGCUCGCCCUGGAUGGAAACUCUGCGUUGGUCAAAAUUGGGGGCAGCGCUGCCCUGAAAGAGGCGCUCACAGGUCUUGACUAUUUGCAGGACCUGCAGUUGUCCGGGGUGCAGAUGGAAGUCCUGAUGGUGGACACCCUUCCAUCGCUGCCGGCGCUGGCAGUGCUGAACAUGUCGCACUGCGGGUUGCGUCACGUGUCGGAGGGCGCGUUGUCGCCGCUGCCGGCGCUUCAAAGGCUCGAUCUGUCCAACAACCUUUUGUCGGUGGUGCCGGCGAGCCUGGUGGUGCCGUGCCCGCGCCUCAGGCACCUCAGCCUCGCCCGAAACAAGCUGGUCCGCGGGCCCAAACUGCGCCUAUCGCUCCUCCACGAUCUCGACGUCUCCAGCAACGCGCUCCAGUCAGUGGAUGACAUUGUAACUGAGGGUCGUGUGGUGACUUUGAGACUGGCGCACAACAUCAUCCGCUCGCUGGAAGGCGCCCGUUUUGCUACCUGGGCUGAGAGGGUGGACGUUUCGCACAAUUUGAUCACAGCCCUCAGUCUGAGAAGCGGCCGCAGAGAAAUUGACGGUCUUGUGUCCAUCAAUUUGGACGCCAAUUCCUUUGACUGCAACGAUUGUGCAAUAAUUGAAACCCAGACUUGGCUAAACGAGACGAUGGUUUUGCUGACGCCUGAGCCAAACCAGAUCAAGUGUGGCGGCAGCCAGGACGUGCGAGUGAUGGAAAUUGUGUUGCCUGAGUGUGUGCCUGACGUUGACCUGGCUUUGCUAAUAGUGGCGCCUGUUCUGGCCUUGUUGGCCCUUGCGGCCGCCCUCCUGGCCAUCAUUGGCCUGCGCAGAGCUGGCUGGUUAAAUGACUGCUCCUUUUGCUGUGGAAUCGAAGAUGACAAUGACCUUCCAUAGUUUCAAGCAGAAGUGAAAAAUUGUUUUAAUUGUUAGAAGUACAAAUCUCUAGUUGACUCAAACGCCUUGCCACACAGAGUAUUAAAAUCGAACGACUGUAUACUUUACAGGGGAGACACUCCUCACUUAUUUCUUGAUUGUAUAGACGUACAAAAUUUUAGCCAAAUCUUUCACAGAAAAAACUUUGUCGCGUAUUUUUGCAAAACUAAGCUUAAAUAUUUUAAUUGAUUUGUAAAUAUACUGAUUUAUUCUUUCUAGUCGUCCUGUAAAAUUAAAUCUUAAUAGAUAUUGAUUUCAAUGGAAAUCCAAGUUUAUUUUAUGAGAUUUGUGAGAGAAAAAUUUAUUUGUUAAAACCAGAAGCUCUCUUUGUAAGCAAAAUGAUGUUAUUUUGAUAUUGGAUAGCGUUCCUACACUAUUUAUUGUUUGUACAAAUGUUGAAAUUUUGCAAUAAAUAAAGCUUGUUAUGAAAAAAUUUA